AUGGACGCAUCGACCACGACCUUCCCGUCCGACAGCGAGACCUACGAAUCAAACGAGGCUUCGCCCUCGCCGCCGUCCAGCUCCUCCCCGCUGAUCCUGUACUCGCCGCCGACGCUGUGGGGCCUGCUGCGCGGCGCCGCCAUCAACCUGCUGCUGCCGUUUGUGAACGGGCUGAUGCUGGGCUUUGGGGAGCUGGUUGCGAACGAGGCGGCGUUUAGACUGGGGUGGAGCGGGACAAAGAUCUUCCCCUCUGGACGGAGUGACUCGAGGCGCGUGGGCCCCGGUGUUGAGAUGCGGGCGGACCCGAUUGAGAGACGGAGGAGGAAUGGGCAGGAGUUGGAUAUGUACACUGCUCUGGAGUGA